AUGGUCGAUGAGGCCCAGGAGUGUACCAGACGAAGUCGUCUCAAAAACAUUGAAGAGCCGGGGAUGACGACGUUCGAGGAGACUGGGAGUCGUCCUCAGCUGAAGGAGAAACUGAGACCACGAAGAAUGAUAGGGAGUGUUCAUGUGCUGUUUGCCGCUAAUGUUGCUGCUGUUGAAGUGAGGCGUAUCGCUGAAAUUCGUCUUUAUGGUGCUGUAUUCUAA